AUGGAGGAAAAGAAGCGUUCGAGAGGGUGGUGUGGUUGGUUCAUAGUGCUGGUAGUUUUAGCUGCAAUCGCAUUUGCGAUUUACUACACUGUGCGGCAGAAGAUACACAAAUCGGACUCGUCGGACGCUGCCCCGGUGCCCGGGCCGCCGGGCGCCGUCGCGAAGAAAUACGCCGAUGCUCUGAAGAUCGCGACCAAGUUUCUCGACAUUCAGAAAUCGGGGAAGCUGGAAAAUAAUCCGAUAUCCUGGAGAGGGGACUCAGCUUUACGUGACGGACAUGAAGCGAAUUUGGAUCUUACCAAGGGAAUGUACGAUGCUGGGGAUCAUAUGAAGUUUGGAUUUCCAAUGGCCUUCACAGCCACUGUACUGUCGUGGACCAUCCUUGAGUAUGGGGACCAAAUGAAGGCUGUGAAUCAAUUGGAGCCUGUUCAGGGCUCGCUUAAGUGGAUUACCGAUUACCUCAUCAAUGCUCAUCCCACAGAUAACGUUCUAUAUGUGCAGGUAGGCAGCCCAGAACUCGACCACGGAUGUUGGGAAAGGCCUGAAGACAUGACUGAGGAAAGGCCUCUUACACAGGUCAAUACCUCCGCUCCAGGAUCUGAGGUUGCUGCAGAGACAGCAGCUGCUCUAGCAUCGGCUUCUCUUGUCUUUAAGACCACCAACUCUGCCUACUCAAGUUCGCUUCUGAAGCAUGCAAAACAACUAUUUACAUUUGCAGACAAAUACAGAGCUUUGUACAGUGACAGUAUUCCGGAAGUGCAGACUUUCUAUAACUCAACUGGGUAUGGGGAUGAGCUGUUGUGGGCUGCCAGCUGGCUGUACCACGCUACUGGGGAGAGAUCGUAUUUUGAGUACGUAACUGGUCAGAAUGGAGAGGAUUUCGGUAAUUUUGGGAACCCAACUUGGUUUAGCUGGGAUAACAAGCUGGCUGGGACUCAGGUUCUGCUGUCCAGGGUCAGCUUUUUCGGAGAAAAAGACGUAUCAAAUUCAAAUCUCCUCAGGAAGUAUAGGGAUUCAGCAGAGGCUGUCAUGUGUGGUCUUUUACCCAAAUCACCAACUGCCACCUCCAGCAGAACUGAUAAUGGUUUAGUAUGGGUGAGCCAGUGGAACGCUUUACAGCAUCCCGUGGCAUCAGCAUUUUUAGCAGUUGUCUACAGUGAUUACAUGCUCUCGUCUCGAACGGCAAGGCUAUCUUGCAGUGGGAGAAACUUCAGGCCCUCAGAUCUCCGCAAGUUUGCAAUCUCACAGGCUGAUUAUGUGUUGGGUGACAACCCAAUGAAGAUGAGUUACCUCGUGGGUUAUGGAGACAACUACUCGAAGUUUGUCCACCACAGGGGUGCCUCAAUCCCGACUGAUGCAACCACAGGCUGCAAAAAUGGAUUCAGAUGGCUCGACUCGGAUAGCCCAAACCCCAACAUUGCUAUGGGAGCUCUCGUGGGUGGGCCCUUUCUGAACGAGUCGUUUAUUGACUCGAGAAACAACUCGAUGCAGACAGAGCCGAGCACGUACAACAGCGCAGUCAUUAUCGGUCUCCUCUCGGGCUUGGUCACCACUUCGUCUGUGGUUCAAUCUUUCGCAUAA